UCAAUUCGACAAUUACUUUGGAGGCCAGCUGGCGACAUUGAACUUGGAAUCUCCUCUUCCCAUUCUAUGACAUAUUUUAACGAAAUCUUUACGACGUUGGGAUUUUCUUUGCUUUCAUACGACCUUGUUCUGGGACUUUGAGAGCUGCUAUCGUUUGCCGCUUGUUGACGUCGUGGUAACAUUGGUUUGCUGGAGACGCAACGUGUGUCGGAACAACACUGGAGGUUAACUUACCUUGGGGGGCUAUACUGUGUUUGAGCUUGUUUGGCUUCACACGAGAGCUACUCUCCGUCAUACCAAACUUCCAUCCCUCUCCUCCAACGUACUCUCCCAACCUUCUCCUCUCAUAACGACAAGAUGUACAUAACAACCCUCUUCCUCCUCGCCCUCCACUCCCUCCUCCCCCCCGCCUCUGCCGCCACCAUCAUCGACAACCUCAGCUUCGGCCACAAAGGCGACCUCUCCCCCGACCGCCGCUCCCUCCCCGGCUGGCGCGUCACCGGCGAAGGCCACACCCCCCCCAUCCUCUCCGACCGCAUCAUCCUCACCCCCCCGGCCCCAGGAAACCGCCGCGGGGCCCUCUGGACCGACGCCACCAAUACCCGUGCCGAGUGGACCGCCGAGGCGCACUUCCGCGCCACGGGCCCGGAGCGGGGCGGCGGGAAUUUUCAGCUGUGGUACGCGCGGGACGGAGCGGCGGCAGUGGGGUUGGCAAGUUUGUAUACGGUAGAUAAGUUCGAUGGGUUGGUGGUGGUGGUGGAUCAGUAUGGUGGACAUGGGGGGACGGUGCGUGGGUUCUUGAACGAUGGGACGAAGAGCUUCCGGGAUCAGCAGAAUGUGGAUUCGUUGGCGUUCGGGAUGUGCACGUUUCCGUAUCGGAAUCAGGGGGCGUUUUUGGGGUUGAAAGUCGUGCAGACGCGGGACGUGUUCGAGGUGGAGAUUCAUGGGAAGUCGUGCUUUAAGAGCACCCACGUCGGCCUCCCCUCCGGUAACCAAUUCGGCUUCACCGCCGGAUCCGCCGAGAACCCCGACUCCUUCGAAAUCGCCCAAUUCCUCGUCUCCGAUACCCCCUCCGCCGCCCCCCCACCUAGCAACGACCGCCGCAGCGUCGAGCACGAUGCCAGCAACGGCAAACCGAACGACGCCUCCAGCUGGUGGGACUGGAAAGACUCGCAGAACUCCCCCGCGUCAGCCUUCCGCACCGAGGAGCAGCGCUUCAGCGACCUCCACGACCGCCUAACCACCAUCAACCACGACAUGACGAUCCUCUAUGACGCGCUCCUCAAGCUCGAGAAGCAGAUCAGCGACCAGAGCGGCCGAGUGUUCGACGAGGUGUCGAGCGUACAUCGGCGAGUGGACGCACUAGAGCGGGAGGUGGGGCGGGGGAACGUAGGGAAGCUAGGGAAGAUCGAGGGGAUUGUGGAACGGGUGCAAAGGGAGGUGGAGGGGAAGGAUUAUAAGGAGAUUUUGGACAAGAUUCAUGCGGCGUUGCAUGAGAGUCAUGCGACGCUGAUGUAUAGCUUGCCGGCGCACAUGUCGCAGAGCAUCUCUGCAGCGUCGCCACGGAUGGGCUUCUUCCUCUUCAUCGUCAUCGUGUUCCAGAUCAUGCUGGCGGCGAGCUACUUCGUGUACAAGAAGCGGAAGAACGCCAUGCCGAAAAAAUACCUAUAAAUGAUGGGGUUGUUCGGGACUGGUAUAGCUUUUAUUUGCACAGCUUUUUCUUGCACGUUUGCGGAUAUCAUCUUCGUCUAGCCAGGUCCUACUAUCGGUACGUAUCUAGUAUCUAACGGAACCAAAGCAUGGGAUGGAGUUUCAGGUGUGGAUAUGAGGUCGGGUGUUCUCUCGCAGGAUGGUCUCACCCAGGUCACUUUUACGUACAUAUAUGGGUUUCCGUUCGUACCUUA